AUGGAAGCAAAGCGAUUGAAAAAAGACCUUGAGGUUCUAAUCGGUAAUUACAUUGGACAGAAACUCAGAGAGAAAGCCUUUGAUCCUGCGGGGAAGGGGACCUCCACCAUGCUGGAUGAUGUGGCUCAUUAUGACCUUGCCAUUGGUGUUGCCCUUUGGUGGCUGGGCGAGGAAGAAGAGCAGGAUGUGUUUGACAGAGACAUCAUCGGAGCAAUAAGCAGCUCAGGGAGUGAGCAGUACCCCAACCACCUGGAGAGGGAAGCCAUGAUCUUGUCCUCUUUUGCUGGGAUGAUCCUGAAUAGCCUUCCAGUGGAGGAAAUCCUAGCUCUAUAUAGCUGCAAACCAUCUGCCUCUUACCCCACCCACCACUCUAAGAGCGCCAUUGUGCAUCCCUUCACCCUAUCCUACCAUCCGUUUGCCAUGCUGGGCUCCUACAAGGCUGUGGACCACUCCAGGAAGCACAGUCAGAGGUUGAAAAGGUGGCUCUCUGAGAGGAGGAAGAGCAGCACCCCCGCUGGACACAGAUCCUCAGUGCCGUCCUCUUUUUCCUCCUCUUCAUCUCACUCCUUCCUCAGUGACAGCGGCGAGUGCCAUGAGAAUAAAACUGAUCACUAUGAAGGCUCACGAGAGUCCCUGCUGGACUGA